UUUCCCUUCCGUUCUGGCGUCAGUGUUCGAUUCAGCGUCCCAGGUGUGAGGCACAGUGCCACUUAGAGCCACGCUUAUCCAGCGCUUCCCUCGGACGUCUUGGGAACCACUGCCCGUUUUCUUUGAAUCCGCCGGCGAGAGGGGAGACUCGCCUGAAGUUAUGUGACUCCAUCCACACCGAAGGAAGAUGGCGUCAAAAGCGGAAGAAGCAACCUCAAGCAGGGGGAUGGGGGGAGUUCCCUCUCCUGUCCCUCGUAACCACGCCCCCUCGACCCGCCCCCCUCUUCCUCCUCCUCCUCCCACGGCCCCCAACCAGAAGCCCAGGCAGGGGGGAGGCCGCCCCCUUCACGUGCGGGGGGCCGAGGAGGGGGGGCAGUCCAACGACACGAUGAGGAAGCUGGCCAGAGUGAACUUGGUCGUUGCAGCUGUGUUGUUCUUGUUGCAGCUGAUAGGAGCAGCCUGCUUAUGCCGCCCUGUUGUCAUCAUGGCUGGACUGUGGGUCGCAAUCCUGGUCCUGGCACAAGCUAUCCUGGCACUGCACACGGCCGCUGGCACCUCGCACUCGCUGGUAGUAGGUCAUGCAUGGCUGUCUGGCAUGGUGUGUCUCAUGAACCUGGCUGCUGCUGGCUACCUCUUCUCGGGGCAUCUUACUGUGGCCUGCGUGUCGACCUUCCACAGGCUCGACCAUGCUUCGGUGGUACGCCUCUACGUGGUGGAGGUGGUCGGCCUGGUGGCGUCCCUGCCGUGUCUCGCUGCCGCCGUGGUCGCCCUCCUGAGUGCCGCCCUCGCCGCCCGUGCCGCCUGCCCACCCAAGGUCCUCUGA